UCAGGCUGAGAGUGCAUGUCUGCAGCCAGACCCUUCUCCGGAAAAUGACGUGGAAAGAAUAAUCGCAUUGAACAACAUUCUCGGCUCUAAAACACACACUGACGCGGACCAGGCAUUUGUUUGUCGUUGCUAUGGAUUUCCCAAAGAGGAGACGAAUACAGAGAUGUCUUUCUUUUAGUGUGAGAGGAGAAACGAGUGAAUCUUUAGCCCUCUGAUUAUCAAACGUUUGAUAUUUACGACUCAAAACGUUUACGAGUCCUGUAGUGUGAGAAGUUCAGAGAUUCACUCAACGAGUGAUUCAAACAACAGCCAAUCAGAGAGCUAGAAGAGCGGAGAGACAGGCGAAGAGAUGCGCAUGAACAGCGGAGCACGGAGACAGAGGAGCUGCGUGUAAAAUACAGAAUAUCACAGAGGUGUCAGUUAGAGUCUUGACUGUAAUGCUGCAGUGACAGUCUAGUCCAGUUCUCCUUUUGCUGCCAAGAACUAUACGAGCCUAAAGAAUAUGGUCAGGUAAUGACUCACCUGAACAGUGAGGGCAGUCGAACAUAGAGGUGAGUGUGUGUAGGUAUUUGACAUUUUGAUAAAUGUUUUAAAUAAACAUUGAUCCUUUCUUCUAUCUGUUGUAUAGCACAUAGUAUUUGGUUCUGGUCAAGACUGCUGUGGAAAGAGAUGAUUUUCACUGCUGCCAUGGUACAUAGAGCUAUUUAAACAAAAAAUGCACUCAUAAAGCACCUUUAUCUCAACAUUAUAGAAAUGGCAAGUUUAUCAGCUUAACUAGUUCAUCCCCCAGGACUAGAGUUUUGUUUGCCAGGACAACCACCUCACUCAGGACAGAUACUUCAUUCAACACAACCUUUCUUCCUGCAGGACCUACUUCAGUUGCCUGUGAAUGUUUGGAUAUAUCACCUUUUGGCACUGUGAAUAUUUUAUUCAGGUGAUGUUGACCUGAAUAGUUUGGUAAUUAUCUGAUUAUGUGUCGGGCAGGGCUAGGAACCACAAGCUAAAACUGUGAAUGAGAAUGAAUUGCCAAUAAUUCAGGCAUUCUUUGUGCUUUAAAUGCUCUUAUAUAUUAUACGUUGUUGUAACAGAGCAAUCUGUGGGCAAAUGAAAUUAUCUGAUUGUCUAACGAAUGAAUGAAUGGAGUCAACUAAUGAAUCAAACCAUUUAAAUAUCAUAUUGUCAGCUCUUGAGUAGUCUAGAGGAGGAGUUCCCAAUCACAAUCUUGAUGACCAUUUCCUCUGCCACCCUUUUCUGGUUUCUACUCUACACACCUGACCCAGCCAACAAGGCACUUGUUAGUUAGUUAAUGAGUUAGGUGAGCUUGAUGAGACAAAACACAAAAAUGUGUGUAGUGUUGGGUCAUCAGGACUGGGAUUGGGAACCCUUGCUCUACACAGAAUACUCAAAUAUAGCAUUUUCUGCAGAUUUUUUUCUAUUGCACAGGUUAUCUUUAUUUGCUGAGGUUAACAUUAUAGAAAAAUAUAAAUAUAGAAUGUACCAUAACUUUUGCACAGACCACAUUUUAUGUUUUAAUUUUUUCCAGUAUGUUAGUUUUCUGUAGAGGAUGUGUUAACUCAUAUUUACUGUUACUAUUCACUAUUCAUUAUAUUCACAUAUUUAUUUAUUUUUUUGUUAGAACAGCAUAACAUGUUGUGUAUGAUUAUUAUUAUUAUUUUUUUUUUGGCUGUUGUACAAUGUCAGUCUAUAAUAUGUCAUUGAAAAUUGAACAAAUGAAAUUAAUUCUCCUUCUCAAUCUCUUUCAUUACAGAGCUGCUUGAAAUGCUUGCAUGUAUGUUAUACAACUUAACAAAACUGUAGGAUUGCUGUUUCGCCAAAACCAAUACAACAAAGUGCAGAAAUCUUGUAACUGAGUGAAUGUAGAAAUACCUGUGGUGAAAUAUUGAGUCCUCAUAUUUCUACUUGAGUUCAAUUACAAAAGUAUUUGCUUUUAAAUAUAUGCAAGUUUGAAAAUUAAAGGUAUACAGUUCACCUGUUAACUAUAAAUUAUGGCUGUACAGAAUUUAUAUAUGAAUUGAAACACUUAAGGUCUAAUAGCGGUUUAGAAGCUAUGGAUAUUAAUAAAAAAAAACAAUGUAUGAUGAAAAGUUAGUAAAGAAUAUGGUACAAUAUAUGAUUACUGGUAUGAGUGGAUCAGAUAUUGCGUUGAUGUGUAUUCUUGACGCUUUCUGCGUUGAUGUGUAUUCUUGAAAUUAAAGUGAGUGUCUUAAUUAUAAAGUGGCUUUUGUCAUGUAAAGAAAGCCCGUGGAAAUUAGGCAGUUUAAUUGAAUAAAGAUGCUAUCAUGAAUCAAAGAAUGUGUUGCUGAACACAUCAAUAUGCCAUAUUAUGGAGAAAAAACAACCUGAGUUUACUGUACCUUUCUAAUCAGAGGUGAGGUAGUAAAGAUCCACGUUAACUGUGAGUGAACUAUACUUCUAGAAAACUGAAGCUACUCAGUGUCUGCAGAGGCAAGCCCCUGCCUGCUCUCCUAAAGGAUCAGAUACAACCGUGCUGCUGGAGUUUUUAACACUGUCCGCUUUCUGUCUACUCUAUUAGACACACCAACAUUGUUGGUCCACCUUGCAGAUGUAAAGUCAGAGACAGCUGCUCAUCUGUUGCUGCACAGUUGUGUUGGUCAUCCACUAGUACUUAAUCAGUUGUCACUGGAUGCUGUUGGCUGAAUAUUUUAGGUUGGUGGGCUAUUCUCAGUCCAGCAGUGACACUGUGGUGUUUAAAACUCCAGCAGCACUGCUGUGUCUGAUCCACUCGUAUCAUGGCAACACACAUAAACACACCACCACCACCAUGUAAGUGUCAUUGCAGUGCUGAGAAUGAUUCACCAUCCAAAUUAUUCCUGCUCUGUGGUUCAGAUCAUUGUGGUCCAACAGGGUGAAAGGGGGCUAACAAAGUAUGCAGAGUAACAGAUGGACUCCAGUCUGUAAUUGUAGAACUAUAAAGUGCACCUACAUGGUAAGUGGAGCUGAUAAAAUGGACAAAGAAUGUAGAUAAAAGGAGGUGCACUUAAUUCAGUGGCCAGUAUAUGCAGUUAAUUAUUUUUCAGGCAGUAAGUAUUGUCUUUUUUUUAUUUUUGUUUUUUUGUACUGGUAAAUAAUUUUUUACAGUCUAUAUUGGAGGCCCUCUGGAAUUUAGUGGAUAGGCUGUGUAACCAUGUGAGCGUGUAAAAUGGGCCAUAAGCUCAGUCCCUAACGUUGGUAUGGUCUAGUCAUACCCCAGGUAAUAAGAUUUGUUGACCUCUUGUGGCCAAUAAACUCUUUUCUGACAAUCUUAGGAAGAAAGUGGGGUUGUCCUAAGAAGAAAAAAAAAUCAAAUUCACAUGAUUCCCCCCAAUGUAGCCAAGCAGCCAAAACAUGUUUGGUAUCUGUAGUUUGCUUCUUUACUUUUGGACUGGAGCUACAGGGCAAGCAACACAUCGGUUAACCUCUCUACCUGCUCAGGGCUCAUUUCCAUGCACUCAAGUGCAUUCUGAUUUUAAGCUUGAUUCAAGCUCAACAUUGUUUACAAGGACUUCAUUAUGGAGUAAAAUGUUUGAAUUAUCCCACUGUAAUUGUCAGUGUCAGGGUUAAUGAAGUAUAGGCUAUGACGGCCUUGCAUCAUGACUGUGUGCUUUCUGCGUUGAUGUGUAUUCUUGAAAUUAAAGUGAGUGUCUUAAUUAUAAAGUGGCUUUUGUCAUGUAAAGAAAGCCCUUGGAAAUUAGGCAGUUUAAUUGAAUAAAGAUGCUAUCAUGAAUCAAAGAACGUGUUGCUGAACACAUCAAUAUGCUGUAUUAUGGAGAAAAAACAACUGGUAGUAAAGAUCCAUGUUAGCUGUGAGUAAACUAUACUUCUAGAAAACUGAAGCUACUCAGUGUCUGCAGAGACAAGCCCCUGCCUGCUCUCCUAAAGUAAAAAUCAUUUCAUUUCUUUUGUUAACAAUGAGGAACAGAUUUUGCUUUGAUUUGUUCUGUAGUGCAAUGUGUUUUGUGGGACAGCUAGAGUAAGCCUGCAUUUUUCAUUUGCAUUCAUUUGGUUAUAAAUCUUUCAGCCUACUUUUAACAAAAUCUCUGAACUGCAACAAACAUGAAUGCUUAUCCAUUCAUAUAUUGGAAGGCAUUUGUCUAUGAAUAAAGAUGCAGAGACAAAAGUGAGGGCACUCUAGGAGUAACUGCACUUGCUAUGAAUCCAGAAAGUGUUUAACAUGUUCAGUCUAUCAUUAGUCUGUAAAACUCAAAUGGCACUGUCUUCAAAACACAGCUGUAAUUGCAGAAAGCAAGAUGUAAGUCAUCCAUAUUUUUUAUGAAUGUCUUUUCAAGACUUCUCACAUAUGUAUGCAGACUCCUAGACUGAGUUGAAUAGAUGAUCUUCCCUUACUUUGAAAUUUCUGGUCAUGUGCAAGUGUGUAAAUCCACUUAUUUUCACAUAGCUUCUGUCAUAUUUAAACAAAAAUUAGGAGGGGAGAUAGGAAAAGAGAAUGCCAUUAUCAGUAAAACACCUGUAUCAUUUAUGCCAGGUUUGUCAGAUAAGACAAGCCAAGUGUAAAGCUACCACAUUCAGUGGAGGCAGCAGAGAGCUGCUUUUAGGACAAAAUCUACUUUUUGCAUUUACAGACAUCCUCCAAUUCAAAUACAGGAAACUGAAACUGUUUCCUCCAUUUGUCUGUGAAACGCUUUAGAAGAACAAUGAACUUCAAAGGUGGUGUCACACUGUUAUUCUUCUGCACCCUGAUUAUUUUCCACAUUGAGGACUGCAAUGCAUGUAACCUCACCGCUACAGUUGGGGAUACUUUAAACAUUCCACUUAAUUUUGAGCCAUUGAAUCUGGAUGAUGAAAUAAAGUGGACACAUGAAAACAAAGUUAUAUUUAGGAGAAAGAAUGGAAAGAAGGCAAAAGAAAACAUUGCAGAUGUGACUGAAAAUGGGGAGCUUAUCAUUCAAGAUGCAGAGAAGAAACAUAAUGGCACAUAUAAAGUGGAUGUGUAUGAUAGUAAAGGCAUGGCUAAAAUAUUAAAAACGACCAUGCUCUGCGUUCAUGAAAUGCUCCCCAAGCCAGUAGUGAAUAUCACAUGUGACAAGGGGAAAGUUCUCGUCAAAUGUGAUGUUCAGAACGAGAAAGAUCAAACCUUCAUUUGGUACCACAAUGGAGUUCAAACAAGAGAGGAUAAACAAACCUUCUCUCCAAAAGUAAAGAAUGAUGAGAAGUUUGAAUGUGCGGUGAAGAAACCAGUUAAAAGUCAUAAAAGUGAUGCAAUACAUGUAAAAUGUAUACAGGAAGGUAUAUUGGGAAGAAAAACGCUCUUUGGCUUUGACUUACGGAUUAUGGUUGGCAUCUUAGCGACUGGAGGAGGUCUUGUACUGUUGUUGAUGAUUGUGCUGGUGACUUGUGCAUGUCAAAGCUGUAAACGACGAGAGAAACGGCUGCGAGAUGAAGAGGAGCUCAGGCUGAACAGCUUCCACACCCCUCCACAAAGAUCAAAGCAUACCGCAAGGGGUCAACCAGCACCUCCAAUUCCCCAAGAAGAUCCUGAAGUCUCCAACUAUGAAGUGGAUGAACCUCCACCUAAGGCCCAGUCCAGAGCCAAGAACCAACAGCGCAUUCGGCCUCCACCACCACCUGUUGAUGAGGACGAAUCACCUCCACCAUUACCCCAACCCAGGAAAAAGGCUCCAAACACCAAAAAGAAUCAAGGACCAUUGUACAUGCAACCAUGAGAGAGUAGUCCAGGAAUUAUUUGUCAUUUAUUUCUGGUAUUAAUUAUGGGAAUUUGAAGACUCUGUGAAGGUGAGGCAAACUGCAAGUUGUGUUAGUCAUGUCUUACAUACAUACAUACAUACAUACAUAUGUACACCCCCAGUCAAAUUACGUUUUGUUGAUUUUCUAAGCAAUAGCACAGGGAUUGAACUUAAAUGUGGCAUUUUCUGCAAAUUUUAGUACAAAAUUUCUAUUUAUUUGUUUAUCAUGAAAAAAAAAAUAAGUAUGUUAAAUUCAGCAAAUAAACAAUGCAUUAAAAUGUGCAAAAGUGUGUUCUCUGUAAUGGAUGUAUGCUUAUUUCAUAUUAGAAAAUCAACAAAACUCACCAAAUUUUUUUUAACCAUUUUACCAAUUGCUUUUAUUUUAUCCAAUUUUAUCUUACACAAUGUGUGUUGAAAUACUAUAUACUAUACACCAAAGGCAUUUUAAGAUGUUUUAUUUAACAAAAGGUUUGGGGAGCAACCAAAAAUUUUAAAUGACAAAAAAUAUACUGUAAUUAUUUAUAUGUAGUAUUUUCUUAAUAAAUUAUCUGCCAGAAAUUGUGACCAUGUUCCAAGUACAAGGCAUUCCAGGUGAUCAGUUUAUCAUUAUAGACACACCUAAAAUUAUCUUGCUUUUUUUUGGUAAUUUUUACUAAUCACUUUAAACCUGAUGAGCAGUAGAAGCCUCAUUAUAAAACAACUUCAACCAUUUCUAAAAUUGAUCUUUUGUAUGUUAUUAGUAUUUAAUUGAAAACAGUGAUCCCAGUGAUUUUUGAAUUGUGAUUCCACAUAUAUUAUGAUAUUCAUGUGGCAUCUGUCAAAAUGAUAUGCAAAGCUAUUUAUCUGGGCAGUAAUUAUUUGUUAUAUAUAUAUAGUUAGUUAGUUUUAAGAACUAGAACCACCAACUGGGUGGUUUAAAAAUUUGAAGACAGCUAUAAGUUGCAAAACAUUAAAUGAGACACAUUUCCAACAAACUGAAAGUGAACAAACAAUCUGAAAUGCCAUCUCCAGAGCAGGUUUGUCUUAACAUGUCCUGCUGAAAGCAACAAACCUGAGCAAAAAUGAAAGUCAUAUGUAUUUUGAGUCUGGCUUGUGUGAGCAUGUGAUGUAUACCUAACUGGAACAUUUUACACAAGCAAAACUGAAUGCACAGCCCUUGCUUGCCUCCCUCGCCCCAGUCUCAGGGAUGUGGUUUAAAAGCACAUAGAAAAAACCUACUGAACGACACAUUGUCAGCUUUUUUUUUCUCAGCAUCGUUUGCUCAUUUCCUGUGUGUGGGAGAUAUGUGAAGCUGCACCUUGUGAUAAAGUCUUUUUUUUUUUCACGGUGGAAUGAUUUAAGAAAAGAAAGUAACAUUAUUGCAAAAAAUCUAAAUCAAGACAGUAUAAUCAGCUUUAUCUUAGCUACACCAUAUUUUUACCUGUUUCUUUUUACAUGUUCAAAAACAAAAAUUGAUUUAUUUUUGUACUAACCACUCUGCAAUUCGAUUUAAUACACUCAUGGUGAUCAUCCUUUAUUAAUGUUUUCUAUUAUUCUUUUUUUAUUAUCACUUUUAAAAUGCAUAAGAAGUUCAUGAAUUUAAAUUUUAUGGACUGAUAGUUGUUCUGCAGAGUUAAUACAACAUAAUCAGAAUUUUCUUCAGUUUAGUAACAGGAGUGAUGUACUGACCAAACCUUUGCACAUUUCCUGUGUCAGAUUGCCUGUUUUUGUUUGUUUUGUUUUUUUAGACAAAACAUUGUCUUCAAAUAAAUCUGCAAAAAUAUGUCCUCUUAUUCAUAUUCAGUGCAGGUUUGACCAUUAUAUAACAAAUGAAACUGAACUAACUUGCAUGAGCAGUACAUUUUUCAAAGUUAUUCCAUGGAGCCAUGCUGACUUUUAUCAUUUCAUAAGAGAAAUUAAGUGUCAUAAAACAAAGUUCAAAAAUACUUGAGAAGGAUUUCCAGUUACAUAUUAAUAUGACAAAAAGAAUUGCUAAUAAGUGCUAUUGGUAAAAAACAAAAACACCUUUUGCAACUAUUUCUUUUUUAUUUUUCAUUUUUAUGUAUUAUUUUUUGUAAUUAUGUGUUUACAUAUUAUUAAAGUAUAUAUAUAUAUAUUAAUACCCAUGGUCAAUUGCAUGCAUUAACUGCUGGGAUUUAACUGCCGAGAAUGUUUCAUUGUAGUACUUUCUGUAUGUUAUGAGAAUUAUUAUAAUGGCUUUGCGGUGCCCAGAAAUUUCUAAUCAAAUUAAAUAAAUGUAGUGCAUUCA